AUGGACUCUCUUGUCAUUCGACUUCUGGGUAUUGCUACUGCUAGCUUCGCAAAUGGCCUCGGUGAGAUAACUUAUCUACAAUAUGCGACACGCUUUCCACAUGACAUCACUACGUACACUGUCGGAUGGUUCUCAUCAGGAACUGGUGCGGCAGGUUUAAUAGGCGCAACUGCCUGGUGGGCGGUUCGUCCGCUAGGAGUCAAGAGUGGUUUAAGCAUUUUAGCGUUUUUCUCGUUCGGCACAACUCUGGCCUUCUUCGUGAUCUUGCCGCAUCCCCAAAUUCAUGUGAGGAAGCGUGCGAGUGCGGAUGAUACACGCGAAGCUCUCAUUGCGCCUGAGAAUGAAUUCAGCGAAGUGGAAGCAAACGAUGGAGCUAACGCUUUAUCUUUUUCACAUAAGAUGCGUUUGCUUAAACCCAUGCUUAUUCCCUACGUGAUGCCCUUGACGUGUGUGUAUUUUGCUGAAUACACAAUUAAUCAAGGUGUUGCACCAACUCUCUUGUACAAUAUUCCUGACCCUCAUCAGCAUCCUCUCCUUUCUUUUGUGCUCAAAAACUUGCGUGACUAUUAUCCGCUUUACCAACUUACUUACCAAACAUUUGUCUUUAUAUCGAGGUCCUACACAUCUAUCUUUUCUCUCCCGGCGAUACCAACAAAGUGGAUGUGGAUGCCAGCUGCUGUGCAAUUCGCGUUAUUUUUUCUUCUCACAUCGGAGAGCAUCUUCUCUUGGUUUAAAGACUCUAUCGCUCGGUCUCUUGUCAUUGUACUGGUUGCAGUUGAGGGACUUGCGGGCGGAUCUGCUUAUGUCUCCGUUAUGAGUCGCAUCGGGGGAAUCGAACGCCAAAGGGGAUACCAAAACGUGGCCCUUCACAAUCAAGAAUAUGAAUUUCGAAUGGGAUCUGUUAGUCUCGGUGACUCUCUCGGUAUUGUUUUGGCAUCUAUUGUAUCGAUUCCAAUGCAGGUCGCUUUAUGUGCCGCCCAGGUUAAACGAGGAAAAGAAUUGUGCACACAAACAUAG